AUGGAAGCUCAAGAUCCCACUGGCUUCGGUUCAAACUUGAAAAGGUUCUACAACAAUAAGGACCUCUCUGACGCAAUCAUACGAUGCGGAGAUAGAGAAUUUGCCGUCCACAAACUCGUUCUAUUCAACUGUUCAGAGUAUUUUGUCAAGCAACUUAGCGGUCAAUGGAAGGAGACUAUCGAAGCGGUCACCAAUGUUGCCGAUUUUGACAUCAAUGUGGUCGAGGCUUGGUUGUAG